AUUUUUUUAGGAAACUAGCAUAUUGGAUGGAAAAGAUCCAUACAGCUAAACUCCAGUUGCAAUUGCAGUGUUAAUUGAAAAAUUGCUUAAAACAGCUUUCGUCAUGAGCUAUCUGAGUUUCUUUGCAGUUGUUGUCAUAUUUUGGCUUUGUUUGAGCUCCUUUGUUACAUUUGGUGAAGAAUCAUCUGAAGAAGAGGCAAGUCCGAGAGAGGAAUAUAUGCACAUAUUCCAAAACAUACCAGUACUCUUCGAAUAUUUCUUAUUUGCACUUCAGGACAAGCCAGAAAUUUUAGAAACAGACAAUCCCAUGGCGUUUAACGAUAUUAAUAAUAAUAAUAAUGCCAAAGAAUUGGAUAAAAGAGAUGUUAGCGAUGAAAAACAAGCUGCAAGCAAAGAUGGAUCCAAUGCGAGAAUUGCUGAUGAUAUAUUCGAUGAAGUAGAAGGCCUGGAUGACCCAGAUGGGGCUGAUGAUGAAACUAGUUCUCAAGCAGCAGACAAUCCUAACAGUGAAGUAAAAUAUACACCAGAAGAAGUAGCGGAAAAAUGCUUGAUGGUUGAACAGAUGCUAGAAGAAUAUAAUAAAAAUUAAAUGCUUAUUAAAUACACAUUUAUUUGCAUUCGGGUACAUUAGAACGAUAGCAAGUUAAAACAGGUUUAUCGUUUAAAUUUUAUUGAAUUCAAUU